UCUUCACCAGCACCGAAGAAGGUGAGCACUAAGUUCUCCGACGUGUUGGCGUUCAGUGGGCCUGCACCGGAGAGGAUCAACGGAAGGUUGACAAUGAUAGGGUUUGUGUCAGCGAUGGCGGUAGAAUUAACCAACGGUCAAGAUGUGUUCGCUCAGAUCUCACACGGUGGAGUUCCGACGUUUGUAGCGACGAGUUUGGUACUGUCGCUGGCGUCGUUGGUGCCGUUGUUUAAAGGGGUGAGAGCGGAGUCAAAGUCGAGUGGGUUGAUGACGUCGGAUGCAGAGCUGUGGAACGGACGGGCUGCGAUGUUGGGUUUGGUUGCUUUGGCUUUUACCGAAUAUGUGACGGGCAGUGCCCUUAUAUGAUGAAUUUUUCUAUAUAACAAAGAGGCUACAGGUACUUACUUUUAAAUCGUGGUCUUAGAUGAUGAAAGUUUGAAUAUCGAAUUAGAAUGUUUGUAGACAUGUACUUUAAAAGCUUGUAAGUAUAUGAGUAAAUGAUGAAAUAUUUUGAUUUAUGAAUA